GCCGAGCAGGAUAUUCACUGGAAGUUUGCAUUGUACCAGAAUGAACAGUGUUCCGGACAAGCAACGAUAUUUUCGGGGAAUGAAUCUGUUUCCUGUCAGCGCCACAAUAUCCUGAAUGGGGGCGCCGUUGGUUAUUUGAAGAUAGCAGUGGAGCCUCAGUGUAUCAUCUCGUUGUUUGAGAAUGAUGACUGC